GAAUCAUUCGAAUCCCUAAAUCUUUUAAAUCACGAUCUGUCGACUAUUCAUACAAGACGUAAGAUCAAUAAAUAUUCGAGGCGAUGUUUGGAAUCGGCUCUGGAAAGCCGUACUUUGGCUUGACGGGAACAUGGCUUACUGUCUGGGUCACAGUGGCCUGCGCGACCGACAUGACACUCUUUGGCUAUGACCAAGGUGUAUUUGGUGGUGUUGUUGUAACGCCGGAUUUCCUAGACCAGCUCAACUUGACCAACAACCCAUCCCUCAUCAGCACAGUCACAGCGAUCUAUGAUAUCGGAUGUUUCUUCGGUGCAAUCUCAGUCUGCGCAAUCGGCGAUCCACUAGGAAGAAAGAAAUGUGUUCUGUUAGGUACUACGAUCAUGAGCAUUGGUGCUAUCAUACAAAUCGCUUCAUUUGGUGUGCCUGAGAUGAUCGUGGGAAGGAUCAUUGCCGGUAUUGGAAACGGUAUCAACACAUCAACAGCACCCGUUUGGCAAGGCGAGACCUCGAAAGCCAGCUGGCGUGGCAAACUGAUCGUAAUCGAGAUGAUCAUGAAUAUUUUCGGUUUCUCCCUGUCGAAUUGGGUAACCUUUGGCUUCUCCUUCGUUGCCGGAAGUGCUUCGUGGCGCGUCCCCCUGGCAUUCCAGUUCCUUUUUAUAUUCAUUCUAUUUGCAACUGUCCCCUGGCUACCAGAAUCUCCCAGAUGGCUGAUGGCCCGGGGUCAGAUUGACGAAGCUGAAAGGAUCCUUGCUGAUCUCGAAGGUACCGACGUCGACGAUCCGCGCAUCAUCGCCCAGUCGAAGGAUAUCCAAUGGGCUGUGCAGUAUGAGAAAGACCACGCCGUACGCUGGCGUGACUUACUCCGCGGCCGCACUGGAGACCAAGCUGGUACGCACACCAUCAGACGAGUAGUUCUUGGAAUGGGAACCCAAGCUAUGCAACAGCUUUCUGGAAUCAACGUAACCUCAUACUACUUACCUACUGUUUUGAUCGAAUCGGUGGGUCUGACCAACACCCUCGCCCGUCUUCUAGCUGCAUGCAACUCAGUAUCCUACCUACUCUUCUCUCUCAUCGGUAUACCCAAUGUCGAGCGCUGGGGCCGCCGUAAGAUGAUGAUGUACGCCGCUGCGGGGCAGUUCUUCUGUUACUCAAUCAUUACCAUUUGUAUUCGUUAUAACGAAGACACGUCACUUUCUCCAACUAGGAAUCAGCAAUGGGCGAAAGGUUCAAUCGCGUUCUUCUUCUUGUACUAUGUCUUCUUUGGCAUCGGAUGGCAAGGUGUGCCAUGGCUGUAUCCGACAGAGAUCAACUCGAUGGCCAUGCGAACAAAGGGCGCAGCCCUAGGAACAGCAACUAACUGGAUCUUCAAUUUCAUGGUUGUCGAAAUUACGCCACCGGGUAUUAGAACUCUCGGUUGGAAGUUCUACAUCAUCUGGUGUGUGUUCAACUUUGCAUUCAUCCCAAUAGUCUUCUUUUUCUAUCCCGAGACUGCAGGCAGGACACUCGAAGACUUGGAUCGAUACUUCGCUGGCGAUGCACCACUGCUCGUGUUCAAAGACAAAGAAGUCAUCUCUUCCAAACGACCGCAGAAGUACAUUGAGACUGAGAAAGAGGAGGUCAGGAGACACAGCAGUGUGGUUGCUGGCGAUGUGCGGGCGGCAAACAUUGCGCAUGAGAGGAAGUCGAGAAAUGAGGGCGCGGAAUACCAAGAUGAAGUGUGAUAACGCCUGGAGGUCAUUGAAGCAAGGCGUCUUGUAAGAUUGUUGUUGGGUUGUCGAAAGAAGGAAAGGAUAUUAUAGCACACUGACUGUAAGAUGCCAAUACUAGUAUCUUGAGAACA